AUGCCUGAUAUUUAUCGCGGCGCCGUGCGAGUGGUAGCAUGGAUUGGAGAAAAGACGCAAGACAGCGACCGUGCGCUGUCGUUCCUAAAAGAAAUGGCCAUGCAUCAGAAGUAUCAGCUGCGACAUACUUGGAUAGAAGAUUGGGAGGCUGUUGAUAACCUACUUGCGAGACCGUGGUGGUCACGCACUUGGGUAGUGCAGGAGAUUUGGCAGGCAAGGGAAGCUAUACUCCAAUGUGGCGGCUCAACACUGAAGUGGAAAACAAUUGAAAAGGCCAUGACGUACCAAGAAGGAGAUGCUACUGAUCCAAGGGACAAAGUCUUCGCUGUCUUAGGUCUUGUUGGAAAAGAAUACAACGAUACUUUGCCUGAUGUCGACUAUCGGAAAACUAUUGAGCAAGUAUAUCGGGAGGCCGCUUCUUUCAUCAUGAUGAAGGAGAAAUCAUUAGACCUUCUACUUGCUGCAUCUGGCCCAAACCAUAAAGAAAGUUUGCCCUCGUGGGUUCCCGACUGGAGACGAGAAUGCUAUUUCAUAGGCUCUACAGAUGCUUUGUAUUUACAUGGCCAUGGGUACUCUGCAUCUGGUCAACUAGAGCCUCAAAUCAGCUUCUCCGAAAAUUUCAACAUUUUAAACGUUCAUGCCUUGCAUCUGGAUACUGUGACUGAAGUUUCGGCAGACCUUGGAAGUGUUCCGAGUGCGGAAAGUAUUAUCCAAUGUGCGCACUCUAUCCUAGAUAAACUACAUCAUGUGGAACCUUUACAGCCGGAAAACGCCGUCGAUGAUAAAAAAUUGAGAAGAAUUCUUACAGCAGGGGCGUUCAUCGAUCCAAAUACUUUGCGGACUGAGGGUCAAGUCAUCGAAAAUGUCAUGCGACUGCGACGUCUUUUUGUUACAAGUGACGGCCAUUUUUGCAUUGGGCCAUCAAAAACACAAGUUGGGGAUGUAGUCUCAAUCAUCGUUGGCUGCAAUUUUCCGGUAGUCAUUCGACCUAGUGGGAGCUGCUUCAAGGUAGUCGGAGAGGCUUAUGUUCACAACUAUAUGGCCGGCGAAGUUUUAAAAGAUCACCCUAUAGGAACAUCGAGAUGGGUUGAUACAUCUUUAAGCUAA